AUGUCGUGGCAAGCGUACGUUGACAGCAGCCUCGUUGGUACGGGCACUGUAGAUAAGGGAGCCAUUUUCAACUCCGAAGGCAACAGUGUAUGGGCUGUCUCCUCCGGUUACAAAGUCACACCACAAGAAGUACAAAAGAUUGUUGCAGCAUACAAGGACACAAAAGACGUAAAAGACAUUCAGGGCACUGGGUUCUACAUCGCAGGCGACAAAUUCAUUACAAUAAAGGCUGACGAUCGGAGUAUAUACGGAAAGAAGGGCAAGGAAGGUGUGGUCAUUGUGAAGACGAAACAAGCAAUCCUUAUCGGUCACUACCCGGAACACGUACAGCCUGGCUCAGCAGCGAACACAGUCGAGAAGCUCGCCGAUUAUUUGGUUGGUGUAGGGUACUAG